AUGCGGGAAGCAGUAGGUGGACAUGCGGCUGCUCACCGCGACGCCACAUCACCGCCGCAGCAAAUUGAGCUUAGACUCGAGGAUAUGUGGAUCGGUGUGACUGAUCCGAAGGAAAGGCGCAGGUUGCAGAACAGGUUAAAUCAGAGGGCCCGAAGGCGCCGCCAGCACUUGACUAAAGCGCUGCCCGAAAGAUCUGAGCCGUACUAUCCUCACGCGUGGUCUACAACAGGGUCGACGCCCUAUCAACUCGAUUUUCAAUGUUUGGAUGAACUCCGUAUCUUUGGUCCGCUUGCCGCGAAGUCCCGCAGUAUCCUGCAGCAACUAGAGGCUAUGGUGCAUGUUGAGUUUGCAACUGGCUCACCACACGCCGAUAUGCGAUUGGGAAUAACUCGGUUAAACAUUUUGCGGGCAUUGUACACCAAUGUUGAGAUUUUGGGUUAUAAUGCCAAAGAUAUGGCGGCUGACGAGGCGCUAUCAAUGUUUGCCCUGAUUGGACCACGAUGUCUAGCAACAAUCGGUCGGGAGGCUCUCCUGCCACCUGCAUUGCAGCCCACAGAGAUUCAACGAACCGUGACCCAUCAUCCCUGGCUUGAUCUCAUCCCCAUACCUAGGAUGCGCGACAAUCUGAUUCUGAUGGAGAAUUUGAUGGACGAUCGCCAAUUGUGUCGGGAUAUGUGCGGCUACCGCUCUCAGAUACCUCGGUCGGGGCAUAGACGUCAGACGGGGAUAGGAGAAACGGGCGUGAUCGUGUGGAAAGACCCCUGGGAUCCCGCUGGCUGGGAGAUCACCGAGACUUUUUGGGAAUUGUGGGGAUGGACCGUCAAGGAUUGCUGGGACUUGUUUCGUUCCACCAAUGCAUGGCGGAUGCGUCGGGGAGAGAGGCCACUCUUUGUGAUACCUUAUGCCGGUAACGACUAG